CGCAGCCAGAUGCUGCGCAGCAAAUCACCGAUUCCCCUUCGCCCAGUCGGCGGGUGGCCGUAGCGUCCCCGAGGCCGCGGGCUCCCGCAGGCUCCCCGUGGCCCCGAGUGAUCGUCGGGACGCCUCGGUCGCGGGUGAUCGUCGGGUCUCCACGGACUCGGGUCGCUGGGGCGAAUCAAGCCUCGCCACCUUCCCCGGGCGCCUCGCAAGGCCGCGGGCAAGAUGAACAUUCUGGCGCCGGUGCGGAGGGACCGCGUCCUGGCGGAGCUGCCCCAGUGCCAGAGGAAGGAGGCCGCUUUGCACGUGCACAAAGACUUCCAUCCCCGAGUCACCUGCGCCUGCCAGGAGCACCGGACAGGCACCGUGGGCAGAUUUAAGAUUUCCAAGGUGAUUGUGGUGGGAGACCUGUCUGUGGGGAAGACAUGUCUCAUUAAUCGGUUCUGCAAGGACACCUUUGAUAAGAAUUACAAGGCCACCAUUGGAGUGGACUUCGAAAUGGAACGAUUUGAAGUGCUGGGCGUCCCCUUCAGCCUGCAGCUCUGGGAUACUGCAGGUCAGGAGAGGUUCAAAUGCAUUGCAUCGACCUACUACCGAGGAGCUCAAGCUGUCAUUAUUGUCUUCAACCUGAAUGAUGUGGCUUCCUUGGAGCAUACCAAGCAGUGGCUGGCAGAUGCCCUCAAGGAGAACGACCCCUCCAGUGUACUGCUUUUCCUUGUGGGUUCCAAGAAAGACCUGAGUACUCCUGCUCAGUACGUGCUGAUGGAGAAAGAUGCGCUCCGCAUGGCCCAGGAGAUGAAGGCGGAAUACUGGGCCGUCUCAUCUCUCACAGGUGAAAACGUCCGAGAAUUCUUCUUCCGUGUUGCAGCACUGACCUUCGAAGCAAACGUGCUGGCUGAACUGGAAAAAUCGGGGGCCCGGCGCAUUGCAGAUGUUGUCCGCAUAAACAGUGAUGACAGCAACCUCUAUCUCACUGCCAGCAAGAAGAAACCCACGUGUUGCCCCUGAGAUAGGAGGGGACUGUCCAGAGACCAUCUAACUCUGGGGCACUGUGUUACCUUAACUCUCUCAGAGCUCAGCCCCAGGACAUUGUACAGUUUUGGUUUCCAGACCAAAGAGCUGCGCCUCAGUGACCUGUCCCCAGAAGGGGACCGUGCUAGUCACUUCCUGCCUCAAGGCAUCAUGCCAAAGACUGGAUGCCACUCCCUGUUUCCAGGGUUUUCCAGGCUGCCCAGCACUGAGGAGAAAGCCCCCGUGGCUUUUCUCACCGUGCUGGGCCCUUUAGGUGUGAGGGGGCCUGAGGAGGCCUGAUUUCAGCUUCACGCUGUGCCUUAUGCAUUAAAAUCUAUUCUUCACA